AUGGCUGGAGAAGGAGGUCCUAGACGCACCUUAGCUGACGCAUCUAAUGUGAUUGGUCCUCAAAGCUUCAAUAGUAUUGCAAUGCCUAGGGACAACACAUUAAAUAUGGUGAUGAAUCCUGUGUUGAUCCAUCUGGUACAGAGCAACCAAUUUCAUGGACUAUCAAAUGAAAGUCCAUAUGAUCAUCUUACAACCUUCAACGAGAUAUGCAAUACAGUGAAGAUCAAUGGAUUGCCAGAUGAUAGGAUCAAACUUAACUUGUUUCCUUUUUCAUUGGGAAGCAAUUCUAAGCUUUGGUUGAAUUCUUUCCCAGAAGGAACUUUUACUACCUGGGAGGUUGUGGUGAAUAAAUUCUUGAGCAAAUACUUUCCACAAUCCAAGAUCAACAAGGGAAAGAUGGAAAUUUCCUCAUUUAGACAGGGCAUGGAGGAGACUCUUGAUGCUGUAGCUAGAGGCAACAUCAAGAUAAAGACUGCUGAUGAAGCUUAUAAAUUGCCAGAAGAUAUGGCGGUCAAUGAGAAUGAGACUCUCAAUGAGAGGGGCGUGAUUGCUCAGAAAAGAGGAGUUCUCCAAUUGCCCACUAAGGAUGCACUGCUAGCUCAAAAUAAACUUCUCUCUCAACAACUAGAUAAUUUGUCAAAGAUCAUUGCUCAACUACCGAAGGAGAUGAGGAAUGUUUCUCAAGCUCAACAACCACUGUGUGACUUUUGUGGUGGUGACCAUGUAAAUGGUCAAUGUGCCUUUCCUGAAGAGGCACAAGAAGAGGCUAAUUAUAUGGGCAACCAGUUCUAG